UGAGAUAUAUGGAGGUGGAGAUUAGAUCUGCAGUGUAUGUGUCCUGUGUAACCCUGAAGUUACUUUAUAACUAGGGUGACUGACUACUUAUAUAUACACAGAUAUCAUAAUGUAAUAAUAAUGUAUAUAUAAGAUGCCUCAAUAGCUAAGUCACCUCCAUUGCAUGCUGCUCGCGGUAAUCCUUUAUAAUUCACAAUAAGGGAGACAUUGUACUUCAUGUAAGAUGUUUUUUUCAAGUGUGAUUUAGUGCUUUUCUUUGGGUUCCUUAGGUACAGGAUUUUCAGACGAUCAUCUUAUUCUUCAAUUACGACCAAGGAUGGAGGAGGACAGAGACCACAUGUCUGGGAGGAUAUUAGACCUCACCCUAGAGAUGAUCUACUGGAUCACUGGAGAGGAUUACACAGUAGUGAAGAAGUCGUCUGGUGAGUGUGUGACACCCCGUGUGUCAGGAGGCUGGAGCAGGAGCCAGAGCCCCGCCCCCGAGGAGCCUCCACCUCAUUCACUGAUACAUGAGCAGAAGAUCCUAGAACUUACCUCCAGGAUCACUGAGCUGCUGACUGGAGAGGUUCCUAAAAGGUGUCAGGAGGAUUGGGAGUAUUUAUUAGGGCACAAGGAUAUGUACAAGGAUCAGGUCAUGAUGGAGGAUCACCAGUCCCUCACAUCACCAGAUGGAUCCAGUAGUAUAAAUCCCCCAGAGAGAUGUCCCCGUCCUCUAUAUCCCCAGGAUUGUAAAGAGGAAGAGGAGGAUAUCCCACUGGACCAUCAGGUCCUUAAUGUUGGAUCCGUGCAGGAAAGUUCUGGAGGAACGAGGAGAGAACUGGAGGAACCCCGAUCAAUGUCGGAGAAUGGUGAAGAAUUGAUAAGACAUCCUCAGGAACAUUUCCUUUUAUCUCCCUAUACUGAAGUGGAGGAUGAUCAAUCACUCAAUGACAAAAAAAGAACUGAACCUAUUCUUUUUGGAAAUGCCGAAUGUGGGAAACCUGUUGAAAACAUAUCUCUUCUUUUCCUGCAUGGGAUAAUUCAUAUAGAUGGAAAGCCAUUGUCUUAUUCAGAAUGUGGGAAAUCUUUUAGACAAACUGUAAGUCUUGUGGAUCAUCAAAAAAGUCACACAGGGGCUAAAUCAUUUUCAUGUUCAGAAUGUGGGCAAUGUUUUAGUCAGAAAGAAAAUCUUCUCAGUCAUCAGAGUGUUCACACAGGAGGGAAGUCAUUUGUGUGUUCAGAAUGUGGGAAAUCUUUUAGUGAUUCAACAACUCUUGUAAAUCAUUUUAGAAUUCAUACAGGGAAAAUGCCAUAUACGUGUUCAGAAUGUGGCAAAGGUUUUACUCAGAAAGCAGGUCUUAUUAAUCAUCAAAGAAAACACGCAGGAGAGAAGCCAUUAUCAUGUCCUGAAUGUGAGAAAAGUUUUCUUUACAAAUCAAGUUUUGUUAAACAUCUGCAAACUCACACAGGGGAGAGGCCAUAUUCAUGUUCAGAAUGUGGUAAAUGUUUUUCCUGUAAAUCAAGUCUUUUGGCACACCAAAGAGUUCAUUCAGUGAAGAAGACAAUUUAAUGUACAGAUUGAAGGACUUGUCGUAAGGUUCAAGAGCUCUUGUAGGAUCUAUUGCUUCUUGCCUCCAUAUACAGCACCAGACCUGUCCAAUGUGGAGAAGCCUCAGAAUGCAGCAGAUGUUUUAACUAGAGCUAAGCAAACCUUCCAAAAAUUUUUUAGGAUGUUUCCUUUAAGUCAUUUAUCAGAUUCAUGUAGUAUUGGGCAACUGAUUUGCUGGGCCGAUAACAGGAGCAGGGACUCCUUUUUCUGAUAGGAUUCCCUGCAAGUUAACUUAAUUUCAGUUGGUAAUGCUGAAUUUCAUGAUCGUUAAGUCACUGCUGGACAUGUCUGACUGCAACAUUCUCACCAUUAAGAACACCUGGGCCAAACUGAGAAUUCAUGUCUAAAUGGACUAGUUGGCCCAGCUAUUGGAAGUGUGGGACCACCUCAAGACAAAAAGAUUUAUUGUAUCUCAAUGAAAGAUUAAGUUCCCUUAAAGGGGUACUCCGCUUCCCCAUCAUCCGAAGCAUUUAGUUCCGUGGGUGUUGUGACAUCACAGCCACGCCCCCAUGAUGUCACUCCACACCCCCUCAAUGCAAGUCUAUGGUAGUGGGUGUGACGGUCGUACUCCGCUGCCCCAGCGUUCACAACAUUUUGUUACAAACAUUGGGUGCGGACAGCGGGGGUUGUGAUAUCACGUCCAUACUCCUUGUGUUGUCACACCAUGCCCCCUCAGUGCAAGUCUAUGGGAGGGGGCGUGGCCCGCUCGUAUAGAUUUGCAUUGAGGAGGCAUGGCAUGACAUCACAAGGGGAGUGGCCAUGAUGACAUGACCCCCACCGCCUGCACCCAGCAUUCUAAAUCUCUGCUGCACAGAGAUCACAGGGGUCCCAGCAGCGGGACCCCCGCGAUCAGACACUUUAUUCCCUAUGCUUUGGAUAGGGAAUAAGAUGUGUAGGGGCGGAGUACCCCUUUCAGCACCAAAGAUAACAAACAAAAAUCUGCUGUGGUAAUUUUUUAGAAAAAUAAAAAAAACAUUUUGCCCCCCAACAACCCUCCCCCCCCCCCCUCCCCCAAACUGUUUUUAAUAAGAUCUGACUGUCAAAUCAAAUU